AUGCCUUUUGGAUUGUGCAAUGCUCCAGCUACAUUCCAAAGGUGUAUGAUGUCCAUAUUCACAGAUCUCAUAGAAGAGAUUAUGGAGGUUUUCAUGGAUGAUUUCUCAGUAUAUGGUUCUUCCUUUGAAUCAUGUUUGGGAAAUCUUGGAAGAGUGCUACAGAGAUGUGAAGACAAGCACCUAGUUCUAAAUUGGGAGAAGUGCCAUUUUAUGGUUAGAGAUGGAAUAGUGCUUGGACAUAGAAUCUCAGAGAGAGGCAUAGAAGUUGACAAGGCCAAGAUUGAAAUAGCAAGGCCGCUAACACGCCUAUUAUGCAAGGAUAUUAACUUUGAGUUCACAGAGGAGUGUCACAAGGCUUUCACUAAGAUCAAGGAUGCAUUGGUCAGUGCGCCAGUGGUUCAACCUCCAAACUGGGAACUACCUUUUGAGAUAAUGUGUGAUGCAAGUGAUUAUGCAGUAGGAGCAGUGCUUGGACAAAGAAAAGACAAGAAGCUACAUGUGAUCUAUUAUGCCAGCAGAACACUUGAUGAGGCACAAUGCAAGCCAGGAACAAAGAUCUCAUCAUCAAACACACCAUGGUUUCGCCACAUAGCAAACUUCCUUGCAGCUGAAUACCCACCACCAAACUUCUUUGGCUACAGAAAGAAGAAAUUUCUGCGUGAUGUAAGAAGGUACUACUGGGAUGAACCUUACUUAUACAAGAAAUGUUCAGAUGGAAUGUUUAGAAGAUGCAUACCUGAGGAAGAGGUAGAAGGAAUAUUGUUUGCUUGUCAUAGUUCUAGCUAUGCAGGCCACUUUGCCACUUACAAGACAGUAUCCAAGGUCCUACAAGCUGGAUUUUGGUGGCCAACUAUGUUUAAGGAUGCUCAUGCAUUCAUAUCAAGAUGUGAUGCUUGCCAAAGAAUGGGAAAUAUAAGCAAGAGGAAUGAGAUGCCACAGAACUUUAUACUAGAAGUUGAAGUUUUUGAUGUUUGGGGCAUUGACUUUAUGGGACCCUUCCCAACCUCUUUUGGCGACCAAUACAUUCUAGUGGCAGUUGAUUAUGUCUCCAAAUGGGUGGAAGCCAUCGCCAGCCCUACUAAUGACGCACAAGUGGUCAUCAAGAUGUUUAAAUCCAUCAUUUUUCCAAGGUUUGGAGUGCCUAGGAUAGUCAUAAGUGAUGGAGGUUCACAUUUCAUCAACAGAAUCUUUGCCAACCUUUUGAAGAAGCAUGGAGUCACUCACAAAGUUGCCUCUCCUUACCACCCUCAAACUAGUGGACAAGUUGAGAUCUCAAACAGAGAACUCAAGAGCAUACUUCAGAAGACAACAGGCAAGACAAGAAAGGAUUGGAGUGCCAAACUAGAUGAUGCUCUAUGGGCAUACCGCACUGCCUUCAAAACACCACUUGGUACCACCCCCUUUCAUCUUGUUUAUGGUAAAGCAUGUCAUUUACCUGUGGAGCUGGAGUACAAAGCAGCUUGGGCUAUUAAGGAGUUGAACUUCAACCUAAAGACAGCAGGAGAAAGAAGAUUGAUUCAGCUAAAUGAGCUUGAUGAGAUUAGGCAUCUGGCUUAUGAGAAUUCAAAGAUCUAUAAGGAGAGAACCAAAGCUUUCCAUGACCGCAAGAUCAUCCCAAAGAACUUUGCGCCAAACGACCAAGUUCUACUAUUCAACUCAAGGUUGAAACUCUUUCCAGGAAAGCUUCGCUCAAGAUGGUCAGGACCAUUCAGGAUUAAAGAAGUUCGCCCCUAUGGAGCAGUGAAAAGGAGUUAUAACCAAAAGAGUGAAGACUGUCCAGACGGCUCUAUCGAGAAUCAGCGCCCAACCGCGCAGUCCGGCUGGCCGAGAAACUCGGCCAAAGUCACAUCCGUCCGUCUGAAGUCUCGGCCAAAGUUCCAAACCACCGGCCGAUCACGCAAUCACGACCCGGGAAACAUUGUCCCGCGGUCGGCCAAGCACCGUCACGCCAGCCGCGCACGACCAGCCGCGCGAGCCGGGAACAAGCCUCGCGGCCGCGCAACCCUCGCGUACCACGGCCGAUGCAUCCGUCCGAGCCGGGAAAGAACGUCCCACGUCCGGCCGAGAAACUCAUCGGCCAAAUCUCAAUCCGUCGACCACGCCGCCGACCGUGAAUCCGAUCCGGCCACGACCCGACUGUCCGGCCGAUCGUCCCGACCGACCGUCCCAACGCCGCGGUCGACCCGAAGCCCGUUUUGA